GACCUUGUUUACUGGAGCAGCUCUGGACAGUUUCUACCUUCCUGUUUAAUCUUUAUUUUGAAAUCUGAACAUCCUGUACAAAGAAGCUUCAGCAGCUCCUCAUCACACUUUGAGACUUAAAGCUCCAACAUGAUCUUGCUCCUCUUCCUGUUCAGUCUGACUCUGGGUGCUCCUUCUGACUCUCCUUCUGAUGACAAUGAAGUGAAGCCACAGCUUGAUGGCCGGGCAGUGAAGCUGCUACGUGGAAGCUGUCCCAUGUUCUGGUGGAACUUCAAUGGCCGCUGCUACAAAUAUGUGGCCACACACUUGAGCUGGGCUGAUGCAGAACUCUACUGUCUGUCACAGGGAGCCAACCUGGUGUCUAUCCACAACACUGAAGAAGAGAACUUUGUCAGAUCUCUGAUCAGUAACUUCGAUCAUGAACAGAGACCCACCUGGAUUGGACUCAGUGACAUCCACAAAGAGGGCAGAUGGAUGUGGUCUGAUGGCUCUGUGGUAGGUUUUGUUAACUGGAAUGCAGGCGAGCCAAACAACGUGGCAGGAAAAGAGCACUGUGUUGUAAACAACUUUAGUUCACCUAAGAAGUGGAAUGACUACCCAUGUUCUCACAGUUUUUCAUCUGUUUGUUUAAAGCGCAAAGACUAAUCUAAGACACUAAUUCAGCAAGGGCAUGGUAUGUUGACAUGUAUGGGGAUGCCACAAAAAAGAUAACAAUGUAAACUUUUAUGUCAGUUUUGUUGAUCUGUGCUUUAAAUCGAUAAAGUAUUCCUACUGCUUCUGUAUGUAUAUAACCAUUGAAUGACAGAGUGUAAAGCAUCCACACACGCAGACUUGUCUGUACAACGCUGUUGGCCUAAUGACACUUAUCAGCUUUCACAAAACAGUAACAGGGACUUUUUCAUUAGUAGUUUUUAGUGCAUAUCUUAUCUUCACUGGGUUAAAUACACCAUAACUUAUUUAUGUGAUUUGUUUUUGCUUUGACAUCAGAACACUCAUACAGAGGCCACGUUGUCGUCUUUGUUAUGGUUAACCAUGAAAAGAGUUCAUUAAUUGUCACCAUUAAAGAAAU